UCCCAUCUCUCUCUCUCUCUCUAAAUGGGCUGCUGCGGCGACGACGACGACGACGACCGGGAGCAUCCACCCCGGACCCCCGAUCUCUCUCCGCCGCCGUCAUCCCCCGCCUCCGCCGCCGACGAUUCCACCAUCUCGCCGAUGAACUCCCACUUCUCCGCCCUCGCCUGCCGCGACACCCUCCGGCUCAUCUUCGAGAAGCUCCCCGUCCCGGACCUGGCCCGCGCGAGCUGCGUCUGCCGCAUCUGGAGCUCCGUCGCCUCCGAUCGCGACAUGGUCACCCGAGCCUUCGCGGCCCCCUGGAGGGUGAAGGAGGUGGUCGGCGUCCCGAGCUCGGGCAGCUUCUGGAGGGAUAACGGCGUGAGGAAGUUCGCGAUCUCGCACCGGAUUAAGCGCGGCGAUAGCGUCGCGAGCCUCGCCGUGAAGUACUCCGUUCAGGUCAUGGACAUAAAGCGCUUAAACAACAUGAUGAGUGACCAUGGUAUAUAUUCGAGGGAGAGAUUAUUAAUCCCCAUAAGCAACCAUGACAUUCUUAUCGAUUCCACAUGCUACAUAGAGCGAGAUAACCAUGCAAAGAGGGAAGUCGCCGUGCUCUAUCCAGAAGGCGUGCGAGACAUAGAGAUAAGUUCUUUGUUGAAGAGGACAACCUCUGAACAGGGGAAGAAGAGAAUACUCGACUCGCUUAGGAGGAGCAUGCAGGUUGAUGAUGGGACUGCUCAGUACUACUUGUCUAUCUCCGAUGGUGACCCAAGGGCUGCGCUCUCAGAAUUUUCGGAAGACCUUAGGUGGGAGAGACAGGUGGGCUUGGCCUAAAGGAAAUGGUUAGGCAACAUCAUGGCUGCUUUAAUAAGAUGAAAUGUGUGGUGAAGGCAGCUUGAAGCCCGGGACUGGAAUUGAACCUAUUUCUUCAUGUGUGCCAUUCUCUGUUUCUUUGCAUUCUUGGUUCAACUCCAACUGUCGAUUAACUUGUUUCCCCAUCACUCUGUUGAUACACCAUUGUAUAAUGCACUUGUAAUAUGCAUUUCACGUGAAAAUACGGUGUCCAUGAGGAAAAGGGUGGUGGUGCUUGUAUGAUUCUCUGAUCAAGUGAUCAACCUACAUAUAUGUUUAGCCAUUUGCAAA